CUGGAUUGUUGACCGGUUUGCUCUGCGCUUCCGGUUCACGGCGACGGCACACUAACACUUGCCUUGGACAAUCGACAUAUGACAUGGCCGGAGUGCAAUCCAUACCACCUACCUACCUGCAGUUGCUAACCAACAGUUUGAAGUGUUGCCUUAUUGGCGCGGCUAGCUACGGUACGGAGUUUGCAUCAUGGGAUAAAAUGUGUUGAGGGCCAGUGAAACAUAGGUGGUUGAGCGAUGUAGGAACAACAGUUCAUGUGAGCGAAUGGUGCAACACGGCUCGGAGUUGGUAGUCCCAUGGACCGAGCUAUAUGGAAGUUUGUACGGAACACUACUGCUAUUGCUUCAUACCGUGGCGCCGAUGAUCUAUGCUCAACUUCAUAUUCAGCAAAGCGAAGUGCUGUUCUCAACGCUCUUCUCAGCGGAUCCCGAUGUGCCUAUGUCAGCAUUUUGGUGGCUCUGUGACACGACCCGGCAGCCACUGAGAACAUGAUCAGGACACCUAACAGCAUAGGAUUGGCUGUUUUCUUAUUGAAGCUGGCGCAAAAACCUGGAACCCCCGCCCCUUUCCAUUUAUCUUACCUGAUUAAGAAAGUACCUAACCUAAGCCUGUCGUGCACGUUUGCCGAGAGGGUUGCAUGCGGUGUGAGACAGGGAGAGAAAAAGCAGGUAUGAAGAUUGAAGGUCAAUCAAUUAGAUGGUAAGAGAUUGAAUUGAUGCCAUCUGGCCAACCGAAC